CCGUUCUCGACAAAUGAAUUGGUUGGAUUAAUUUAAUUAAUGAUCAACUUUGAACUCAUCCAGAUAACCUCCUCAAGUCCUCCGUCAUGUAUUAUUGUCAGCAGAGCAAGUGUCUUUACAAACCUCUAACGCGGCCCUCGAAUACGAAUUUGAUAUUCGCUCAUUCCGUUUGACGCAGUUGCCUUUCGACUUCUUCUAUCAGAUUAUCCUCAUUGAUCACAACCACCCAGCCUCGAAAUUUCUGGCAAAAAGAAAACCCUAGUGGGAAUUUCGCCUUUGAUUGACUAGCGGUUAGCUAUCAGUCGUGUUGUUUCGUCGUACCUCACCGGCCUCAAUUUUCGGGCUAUGCUCCGAAGAGUCUACGUCUGCUCUGCUUGAACAGCCUUUGCCUCGGACAAAAUAUGAACGAAGCAGUUGGCUAAUCCAGGUCCCGGCCACAGCCUAGUCCAUGGUUAAUGGUCCCGGUUGGAGAUCGACUGGCUAGUGCAGAGGUGUAGCCUCGUUGAAGAUCUGACAAUAGACCAUGGCGGUGAACAUCCAGUCACGAGUGGCUGCAUGACAGUUCCUAGAGCUUCUGUUGUGUGCUGUCGGCUGCAUAUAUCCCGAAAGUUGCAGCCAAUGAUGCAGUGCGUCGUCGUCACGCAGCCGGAUGCCUGGCAUGACCGCCCGGCAGCCAGGAGUCAACAGAAUCUCCAUGGGUCUUGCCAGGCCGCAGGCGAAACUGGCAGACGCCUGCGCAGAAGGCAAAGUUGAGAACGACAAGAGCGCAGCCGCACAAUGUAGCGAUGGCCACCUGCGAAUCAUAAGCAUCCUCCUGCUGACCCUUCGUCCCUUUUCCUUGCCGCCGCCGGGUGGCCUGACGACGGGCUGCAAUAACAGGUUCAGGGCUAUCUGGACUUGCUCGUCGGGAAAGACGAGAUCAUCAUCCUCGGGGCCGGGAAGCCGUCGCAAAAGCCGUUGCUGGGCCGAGCUGAUGAGGGCGAAGCAGGAGGUGAAGAAGCUCCAGUUCCACAGCAUCUUGGCCACCCAGAUUGUCUUUUCGGCCGUCGGCCAAGAGAAGACGCCGACGACGGCUGCUGCGGACAGAGCUGCCUUUAAAAAAAGAAAACCCUGUGAGCUUUCUGCUUUGCCUUUGGGUAUUCGGGCGAAAAUAUAG